UUCCUCUUCGGUCCAGCGCUUAUUGUCGUCCCCCUUCUGUCUCACCCGAUACUUGGUUCCUGUAUUGCAUGUAGACUCACUAGCUUCUUCUUUAACUAUGCGGUCAAUUGUGGGUUUAAUUGUUGUAAUUACCGCCGCUACUUUCUAUCUGUACAUUCUGUCUUCUUACCUUCCGACCGGACCGCGACAACUCCCACCCAAAGCGACGGAGGACGAAGAAACGUCUGACAUCGACACUAACAAGGACAGUGGAGAAUUCAAAGAACACAGGCUGAAGUUCCCCUCAGACCUGGUCGAGCUGAGGGAACUGGCUGAGCUGCUCCAGUUCUACAAGACAGAACACACUGGAUACCUUCUGCUUCUCUUCUGUAGCGCCUAUCUCUACAAGCAGUCCUUCGCCAUUCCUGGCUCCUCCUUCCUGAACAUUCUAGCAGGUGCUCUGUUUGGCCCAUGGCAGGGCUUGGUACUAGCCUGUGUUCUGACCACUGUGGGCUCCACCAUGUGUUACCUCCUCUCCCAGGCCUUCGGUAAGCGCUACAUCACAAACCUCUUCCCUGGCCAGGUCUCCAUGCUGCAGAGGAAGGUGGAAGAGAACCAGUCCUGUCUGUUCUUCUUCCUCCUCUUCCUCAGGUUCUUCCCCAUGACUCCUAACUGGUUCCUCAACAUGUCCGCCCCCAUCGUCAACAUCCCUGUCACAUUCUUCUUCUUCUCCGUCUUCAUCGGCCUGAUCCCAUAUAACUUCAUCUGUGUCCAGACGGGCUCCAUGCUGUCUGAGUUGUCCUCUCUGGAUGACCUGUUCUCCUGGGGCAAAGUGCUACGGCUGCUGGGCAUAGCCUGUGUGGCUCUGGUCCCCGGGACCCUCAUCAGACACUACAGCCAGACACACCUCAAACUGGACGGCCUGGCGGAGAGCAAUGGAGUCAACAAGAAGACUCAGUGAGGAGCGAACAAGGGUCUCCGCGUCCUGUGGAAAUAACAACACACAGAGGAUGAAGUUGUAGGAUUUGGUAUUUUUGGGAUAGUCUGUACUCUCCAAGUUCAGCCUCCAUUUUGUUGGUAAGACCCUGAGUCAGCCUGUACAUCAUCCUGUCAGUGGGCUGGAUACAGGGGAAAACAUGAUCAACUAGGUUGGGAACUGAGGUUUCCUACAGUGGAUGACCUCACAGCAGAAGGGAGAUGUGGAAGUCCGUGUGUAUGUUAAGAGAUUGUAUGGACUGAGUCUGUCUGUGUGAAGGUAUUUUAAGACAUUCGUGUUUUUAUGGGUGAAGGGAGGAGACAUGUUCAUUCAAAAUCAUUGUGUUGAUGUUCUUGUUUUGAUGAAGAUAGCUUUAGUUUUUGGAUAGAUUCUGUUGUUGGUACUGAUACACACGUACCUUUUUAAAGUGGCCUGUGUUUCUGUUGUAAACAGCAAGCAGAACAAGAUGUCCCACAAAGACUAUUCUAGGGAGGUGAAAGGUGAAUGGGUUUUGUAUGUUAUUACAUAGGGAAUUGAUUGGGUAUCUUUUUUUUUUUAAACAUAUUUUUCUGAAUCGUUAGACCUGUAUUUUAUUGAAAUACAAUAUUUUUACUAACUGCCUAUCAGCGUUAGUGUGAUUGAAAUUUAAAGGCAAUGUUCCCGUGUUUGGCUAAAUGCAUUCACGGUAAAUGCUGCAUAUGUCAGCUCAGUUGGAAAUUACCUUUAAAUUUAGAUUGCGCAAUCUGUAAGGUUCAGUGAUUCAGAUUGAGUUUCAUUAGGACUCUCUUCACCUUGAUUGGAUGUUUGCGUAAAUACAAGGGUUUCAUUUUCUAAUUGUCAACGAGUUAUCAAUUGUGAGGGAUGUGUAUUUAAAAAAAUAUAUAUAUUUUGUCACUUUCAAAAUGUAAAUGUUUUCUGUCUGGAUAUCUUAUUUGUCAAUAACAAUAACAGAUGAACAACAACCAGAGUGUUGUUAUUAUUAUUAGAUUUGUUUAAGGGGAUCAGCUUGAUAAAUUGUUGCUUCCGUCAAUGUAAUUGUCUGCAUCCAAUUCCAAUCCCCCAUAUAUUUUUGUAAAAAUUUUUAUUUCAUAUUUUACUUAAUUUCCCCAAACUAUACCAUCCCCUAAUUACAGAAUGGACAACAACUCUUAUGCUUCUACUUCACAGGAGGCUUAAUUAAUUGAGGAGGACUGGCUCAAGGUAAUGACGAGAGAAGAAUCAAAUACAUGGUUUCUGUUCCAGACAUUAUUCUCCCCUCAGCAGCCUCCUGUGUUCUAUUUCCAGCUCAUUAUAUAUUAUAUACAUUUAAAAUACUUCACGAUAGUUCUGCUUUUACCUUGUCAGCUCAGGGAUUCGAUCUUGCAACCUUUCGGUUCGCUGGCCCAUCACUCUAACCCCUAGGCUACCUGCCGCCCCAUCUAUACCUGAACACCAUCCAGGUUUGAUUUCUUUAUUGCCAUAUAUUUUUCAACUGAGUUGUGAUGUUUCACAAAAGUUUUGAACCUUUCUAUUCUCAUAGCUCGUACAGAUUGUAAAUUAAAGAUAAACGUUUUUGCUGAAAGUAUUAUAUUAUUGAUCGAUUGACUAUGACUUUUUAAUGUUUUAGUUUUGCCCCUGAUUUGUGGAAUAAUCUGCAGAGUUCACUGCAGUUAGAUGUACUGGUGCCUCUCAGGCAGUUUAAAUGAUUGAUUGAGGACCUUUAUGUAGUUGAAUGUGAUUGAUUUCAGUAAAUGUAAAAAAUAUAUAUAUAUAUAGUGCUGAUUUUAU